AUGUGGAGGAGGGAGUCCUUGAAAAAGAAAAAAAAGAAAUCCAGGGAAGACACUGAAAAAGAUAAGGCUGACAGAGGAAGCAGAAAGAAGAAGAAGGGUGAGCAUGGUCACAAGGGCUCGUCAUCUGAAUCAUCAGCUGACCUGGAUACAGAGGACGAAAGCAACAGUGUAAGCUGUGAUAUGAAGGUGGAGCUGAAGAAGAAAAAGAGAAGUAGUGAAGAGAAAGAGAAGGACAAAUCGAAGAAGAAAAAGAAAAAGAAGCAUAAGAAACAUGGAAGGAAAAAGAAGAAGACCUCAGGCUCCAGCUGUGAUUCGGACUCGACUAUGGCGGUCCACAAAUUUUAGUUGCUAAAAUCAAAACUGCAGUAAAGACACUUAUCAGACUACCAAAAAAAAAAAACUGCACGACUUUAUAAAAGACCCUUAUGGUCUCAUAAAAGCUAGUUUUUUGGACAGAUUCGCUGUCCUGGGAGACUUUACGCUGGUGGACAUUCUUGUGCUAGGUGACACUGUUGGAAACAAAACUGCAGGAAGCUGAUGGGAAAUCUGCCUCUGACAGCCAGGAGCUGUAAAGGUCUCGAUCUUACUCUGGAGCCUCUGGGUAUUCAGAAAAGAGCAGCUUAUUUAAUUUAAAACAUAUGUAAAAUGCAUAUCUUUUCUCUAUCUGUCUGGUAAAGGUAAAAGAAACAGUAGACCAUAGAAUAGGGUUGUUUUUUCACUCAAGCGAUGUGGCAAUAAAGGUACAGAUUACCUCUUUCGAAAAUGACAGUCAGCUCCUGUGUUUUCCAAAGCAAGGUGAGUUGGAAGGGCUUAAUGAAUGCAGAGCUUUUGCUGGUAGUAACACUUUGAUAUGCUGGCCUAUUACUGUGUCAUUUAGUCUUCAGAUAGUUUUAUCACAUACUAAAGGGCCACUUUUGGUAGGUUUGUUGUUCAGAUGGCAAGAAAUGCAACAAUCUGUUGUAUGCUUUUGUCACAAUUAUACUUAUACUCCUAUCGUUGCAUUUUUUUGUUACCAACUUCAUAUUGAAGUUGGGGUUGAAAUAUUUGACUGAUUUCAUAUUUAGGGAAAACUUUUUUUAUAUUUUUUUGAUGAUGUGAUAGCAGAUUUUCAACAGGAUGAUCGUUCCUGAUUUAUAUUACAUUUUAGCUUAUUAGUAUAUUCUGUUUGUAAUUUUACGGAUUGAAUUUAGUUCUCCCUCAGUGUUUAAUGUGAAUUUUUGUCAUUGAAGACAUAUACUUUAAUUACACAAAGCAUCAAAAUGUUUCCUAAACUGUACUGGAUCAAUAAUGCCAUUUUACAUGUUCUUUGCCUUUGUGUCUAUGUACAAUUUUUGAAAUAAGGAAAUCCAGAAUAAAAUAUUUCACAUAGUAAAAAAAGGCUGAACAUGUUUUUUCUAUGUUAAAAAAUCUGACAGCCUGAUUUCAAGUAUCGUCUUGUCUCUAAGUCAUGUUUUAAGCUAGCUUUUUUAACAGCAUUUAUAUUUAGGCUGGUAUCGCAAAUGGAAAGCACAAUUCAACUUGGCACUAAUUUAAGACUUACUCAUAUAUGGUACAAUGUUAGGAAAAGAAUGAAAUGGAACUUUUCAGUCUUGUUUAAUUGCAGUCAUAGUAUUUAAUACAUUUGCUUUAAAUUUUAAUAUGUUCAUUUUUAUAUAUGUACAGUAUACCACAAUGAAUUUGAAAAUUGUUAGAUGCAUUCUUUUUAGUUAUAUUUAAUAUUUACUGCUUAUACUGUUCAGAAGAUAGUUCUGAACUGUAGAGUUAGCAGAUUUAUUCCAUCUGACUGUGACCUACAUUCCUGCUCAGGUUCAGCCCCUUGAGCCUUGAUUCCUAGCAGUCAUGCUUACAUGUACUUUAGCUUCCCUUUAAUCAAGGGUUCAUGUACUGUAUGUGCAGCCCCUAUGUCCAUUCAAUAACCACUUCUUCAACCUAAACCUCUAAAGCACAGCAAGCUCACUGUAAUCAGCAUUGUCACGCUGCAGAUCUCCUAGCUACGUGUAUAAGUAAACACCUGUUCCUGUAUUUUUGAGGACCUUUACUGAACAAACUCUGCUCCAUCGGUUCCUUUGGUUGAUUUGCCUGAGUAAUGUGCACUACAUUUUCAGUAGUUGAUUUUCACUUGAUUUGUGUUAUAGUGACCUAGUCACCAUAAAUUCACCUCAAUGCAUUUUAUGCUAUGUGUCGUAUGAACGCAGCAGUGUGUCACAAUCGCAAACAGCAAGUAUUUGGGCAUUUUACUAUCUUUAAUAAGUAAUGUUGAUUUCUAAUUAAUGUAUGGGUCACAUCAUUAAAAAUAAAAGCGGUAUUUGAGUUCUUA